AGUGUACCCUAUUCAGCUCCCUCCUUACAUUUCCUGUUUAACUGGCCGCUUCUUUAGAAUUCCUUUCUCAUACUCUUUCCGUUAUUCUCGAGCCCUCAACCCCCGGAUAACCUCUGACCUCUCCCCGCCCAGGACUACGAUCUAACUCCAGACCCAACACCCUCGAUUUUAUAGUUCCUGCCUCUCCCCAGUUAGCCCCAACCGUACUUCCCCUCGUUUUCCUGCCCUUCUUUAUGUCCCCUCCUUUCUCAGUUUAGUCGUGUUAGAGCUGUGGGGGAUGACCUCAGGGAAAUCCUUGCCUCUGGGACCCAGAGCCCAGCUGAGUGCCUUCCUGGGGUCUGGGGAUGUGAGGACCAGGAGAAGUUUAGGAUCCCUAGGAGUCCUCUGCCUGGAUGAAUGACAGUGACUUCUUCCCUAGCCUCACUUCUCCACCUGGGAUCAGUGCACCCUCUCGGACAUGGAGACUGUUGUUCGUCGCUGCCCAUUCUUAUCCAGAGUGCCUCAGGCCUUUCUGCAGAAGGCAGGCAAAUCUCUGUUGUUCUAUGCCCAAAACUGCCCUAAGAUGAUGGAAGUUGGGGCCAAGCCAGCCCCUCGGGCCCUGUCCACUUCAACAGUACACUGCCAGCAGGUCAAAGAAACCCCUCCGGCUAGUGAGAAGGACAAAACUGCCAAAGCCGAGGGUCAGCAGGCUCCUGAUGGAUCCCAGCAGACUCCAGAUGGCACACAGAUUCCGUCUGGACAUCCCUCCCUUGCCACAAGCCAGGGCACUGCGAGCAAAUGCCCUUUCCUGGCAGCCCAGAUGAGCCAGAAGGGCAGCAGCGUCUUCUGCAAAGCCAGUCUAGAGCUUCAGGAGGAUGUGCAGGAAAUGCAUGCCGUGAGGAAAGAGGUUGCCCAAACCUCAGUGAACCCCGGUGUGAUUAGUGUGAAGACCGACAGUGGGGAGCCAAGUGGGUUGCUGAAGAACUUCCAGGAUAUCAUGCGAAAGCAAAGACCAGAAAGAGUAUCCCAUCUUCUUCAAGAUAACUUGCCAAAAUCUGUUUCCACUUUUCAGUAUGAUCGUUUCUUUGAGAAGAAAAUUGAUGAGAAAAAAAAUGACCAUACCUAUCGAGUUUUUAAAACUGUGAACCGGAGGGCACACAUCUUUCCCAUGGCGGAUGACUAUUCGGACUCUCUCAUCACCAAAAAGCAGGUGUCGGUCUGGUGUAGCAAUGACUACCUGGGAAUGAGUCGCCAUCCACGAGUGUGUGGGGCAGUCAUGGACACUUUGAAACAACAUGGUGCUGGAGCAGGUGGUACUAGAAAUAUUUCAGGAACUAGUAAAUUCCAUGUGGACCUGGAGCAGGAGCUGGCUGAUUUACAUGGGAAAGAUGCAGCACUCUUGUUUUCCUCCUGCUUUGUGGCCAACGACUCGACCCUGUUCACUCUGGCUAGGAUGAUGCCGGGCUGUGAGAUUUACUCUGAUUCUGGGAACCAUGCCUCCAUGAUCCAAGGGAUUCGGAACAGCCGAGUGCCAAAGUACAUCUUCCGCCACAAUGACGUCAGCCACCUCAGAGAACUGUUACAGAGAUCUGACCCCUCGGUCCCCAAGAUUGUCGCCUUUGAAACCGUCCACUCAAUGGAUGGGGCAGUGUGCCCACUGGAAGAGCUAUGUGAUGUGGCGCAUGAGUUUGGAGCAAUCACCUUUGUGGAUGAGGUCCAUGCCGUGGGACUGUAUGGGGCUCGAGGUGGAGGGAUUGGUGAUCGUGACGGAGUUAUGCCCAAAAUGGACAUCAUUUCUGGAACGCUUGGCAAAGCCUUUGGCUGUGUUGGAGGGUACAUUGCCAGCACGAGUUCUCUGAUCGACACGGUACGGUCCUAUGCGGCUGGCUUCAUCUUCACCACCUCCCUGCCGCCCAUGCUGCUGGCUGGAGCCCUGGAGUCUGUGCGGAUCCUGAAGAGUGCUGAGGGGCGGGCGCUUCGCCGCCAGCACCAACGCAACGUCAAGCUCAUGAGGCAGAUGCUCAUGGACGCGGGCCUCCCAGUUGUCCACUGCCCCAGUCACAUCAUCCCUGUCCGGGUUGCAGAUGCCGCGAAAAACACUGAAGUGUGUGAUGAACUAAUGAGCAGACAUAACAUCUAUGUCCAGGCAAUCAAUUACCCCACGGUGCCCCGGGGGGAGGAGCUCCUGCGGAUCGCCCCCACUCCUCACCACACACCGCAGAUGAUGAACUACUUCCUUGAGAAUCUGCUGGCCACGUGGAAGAGAGUGGGUCUGGAACUCAAGCCACAUUCCUCAGCCGAGUGCAACUUCUGCAGGAGGCCACUGCAUUUUGAAGUGAUGAGUGAAAGAGAGAAAUCCUACUUCUCCGGCAUGAGCAAGUUGGUAUCUGCCCAGGCCUGAGUGUGUCAUGACCUCAGUUACUCACUGCACCCCAGGCCGUGUCAUAUCCACAUAGUCUCCAGAGUUGUCUUUAUAUGUGAAUUAAAUUAUAUUAAAUUUUAAUCUAUAGUAAAAGCACAGUCCUGAAAAUAAAUUCUUGUUUAAGUGA